GCACGGAAGUUGUCAUAAGGAGCUAAAAAGAGCUGCAGAGAGACACUGCCGCUGAUGCUACAGCCUGGAAAUAACUCUCGCCGCUCGCUUACUCUCCACCGUUUAUCGUCCGCUUUUCCGGUUAUACACUAUAAAAGCAGCAGAACAGGUCCCGGAGCUCCAGCGCUGAACUCCAGCAGCGGGAUGGAGUGGUUUGGAGGCGGCAUGUGCCAGCCUGAACAGGACCGAAAGGAAAACAUGCCCCGCACACACCCACACGAGGCGAGUGCGGAGAGCAUGGCGUCUCUGUGUCAGCGGCAGCAGCGCUGUGUGAAGGCCUCCAUCGCGUCGCAGUGGCAGCUGGCAGAAGCGCAGGAUCAGCUCUGCGGUCUGGAGCUCCACAGCUCAGAGUCUGUGGAGCAGGAGAGAGCCCGAGCGCUGGCCUCCUCCGCUGAACUCUCGCACACGGAACACCAGUGGAGGCUCAAAGAGAGGAUGCUGGGCACGCUGUGUCCUGAAGCCAACCGGGAUGUGUUUGACAAGAGUAUCAUAAACAUUACACAGUCUUGGCCUAAUGAAUCUGAUCCAGACAAAAGCUUGAACUUCGUCCAGCACAAUGAGGAGCUCCUGAAACAUAUAGGUAUGCUGAGAAGGUGGGAUGACAGUCAGCGCUUUCUAGCAGAAUAUCAUCACCUCAUCUGUGAGGAAACAGCCAAUUACCUGAUCCUGUGGUGCUUCCGGCUACAGGCAGAGAAGAAAGAGGCCUUAAUGGAGCAGGUGGCUCAUCAGGCUGUGGUCAUGCAGUUUAUUCUGGAAAUGGCUCGCAACACUCAGCAAGACCCGCGAGGCUGUUUCCGUCACUUCUUUCAGAAAGCCAAAGCUGGACAGGAGGGCUAUUUGGACGUCUUUCACACAGAACUCCAAGCUUUCAAGAACCGAGUUAAAGAGUACACUAUGAAAUCAACAGGAGAAACGCCAAAGGAUACAGUUCACCAAAAUACACCGUCAGCCUGUCGUCUCGACCCCAAGGAGGUGUUGGAGUCUUUGCCAGAGGAGCUGAAAACGUGCAUCCAGAUGCAAGACAUGCAGAUUCUUCAGAAUGUGCUGAGCAGCAUGAACCCUCAGGUGGCAGAAUAUCAUGUGAAGCGCUGCUUGGAAGCAGGACUUUGGACGAAUAUGCCACGAACAUCCAAAGACGAGAGUUCAGAAGCGGACGAAUGGAAAAUGAUGGAGACCUAACAGUGAAAAAACACUCAGACUUUCAAUCCAUCGUCAGACUUCAAUAGGAAAAUGGCUUUGAGUUGAGGGAUGAGAAGAACAAGGGCUGUGCUCAGACUUGUGUUUGGUAACUGUGCCUGAUCGUGUGCUGCACUUUAUAUUUGUUUAAAAGAGAAAGUAUUUUAAGGAAACUGUACUUAUAUAUUUGUGCAUAUUUUGUUACAUUUCGGUUCGGUUGCUGAUCGGUUUUAUGCAGUUCGAAAGAAAACUAGGAAAGUGGUAUGAGCAGACGUUUUAUUAUUGUUUUUUUGUUAAGUUGGUUUUAAUCCACUAACAUUUAAGAGGAUUUUUCUUUUUAGUUUGAAUGUUUUGUAUCUCCACUUCUGGAUUGUAAAAGUCCAGGUCCACCGAACAUUCAACAUUAGCUGCUAUCUGGGAACUGUUUUAUGUGUCAUCUGUGUAUGGACGCGGCAGAUAACAGGCAUUCCUGCUGAUAGAGAAACCACACAAAGGCAAGGCAGGACCACCCACUUUGCUAUCUCUGUGCUUCUAGUACAAACUCAGUUUGCAAUGAAAAUGGAAACACCGUUUGCCAUGAAAAUCAAAGAAUAUAAAGAGAUUUACAUUCACUCCUUCAGAGUAGGCCGUCAUGUUCAAAGUCAUGAGUGACAAAUGCAGAAUAGCUGAGGAAGAUUGUAAACUAAAAGUAAAUGCUGUCAUUAUUUAAAAAAAGAACACCUUUUGCACCCCAUUGACUUUCAUUAUAAAGUCAACAACAAGAAAAAUUCACCUAAAUAACUAUUUUAAGCUUUCCACUGAGAAGAAAAAGUCAUACAGGUUUAGAACAAGAUAAAAAUGAGAAGAGAACAGAACUGAUGAUUGGCGAAGUCUCUUAGUCAAAGUCACUGAGGUCUAAAACAACACUGACUUUUAUUAUUUGGAUAAAACUAAAAAUAUGUCUAUUCUAAAUGUCUAUUUUGCUCUUUCCACAGGGGAAAACAGUCACACCGGUUUAGAACAACUCAAGAAUGUCAGAAUUAUCCUGUUUAGGUAAACUAUCCCUUGCCUAGUCAAUGGGGUGUGAAAACAGUAUCUUUUGGACCUCAUUGAAUUUUGUUCCAUUAUCAAAAAUAUUUAAAUCGUUGAUUGAUUUAGUGAUGUUCAAAAAAAAUAAGGUAAAACAAGGUCAGAACAACACAAGAAUGUGGGAAUAAUGUUAGAAUUAUCAUGAUUGAGUAAACUAUCCCCUCAGUCUAUAGCAACAGCUAUAAAGCAACAGCUUUUGGGCCCCAUUGACUUUUAUUCAAUUUUAAAAUUAAAAAAAGAUUAAAAGAUGUGUCUAAUUAGCAAUUUUCAAAGAAAAUAAGGUAAUGCAGGUUUAGAGCAACUUAAGGAUGAAGAAAUAAUGUCACAAUUUACAUGUUUGGGUGAACUAGCCCGCACACUUUUUGGACCCCAUUGACUUUCAUUAUAUGGUCAAAUAAAAGCAUCUAUUUUGUGCUUUAUACAGAAAAGAUAAGUAAUACAGCUUUAAAACAGCAUGAGGAUGAGGAAAUGAUUAACCUGAAGACUUUUAGACCCGAUUACCUUUCAUUAUGUGGUCAAAAUCUUGAAAUAAGAGUAUGCUGAGGAAAAUAAUGGCUGUUUACAUUAGUCUAUGCCCAUAAUGAAAACUUUUAAAGAUGCCAUCAUUAAAGAAAAGUGUCUGAGGUUUUUUCAUUGCAGUAAUUGUACUGAAAUUGUACAGUUUGCCUUGCUUGUCCUGACCACAGAACAUUAACAGCAAACCCAGAAUUUGUGUAACGUUUAACAAUGGAUGUGAUAACAUUGUGCAAGUCUUUACAAAGAAGAUCAAAUCUAAUAAGUCAGUCUCACAGUAUUGCUGAUUGCUUGAAAUCUUUCAUUUUGCAGCGACUGAUUAAAAUAACUCAGCACUUUA